AUCGCUGGACCUCGCACCGCGCUGCCACUCGCCACCGUUCUGCUGGCGGCGAUGGUCGGCCAUCUUCUCGCCGCACCAACGGCCACCGACGACUCCUGUGAUUGUGUCUGCGGUGUCGGAGGGCGCACGAAUCGGAUCGUCGGCGGCACGGAAACGGUAGCGCACCAGUUCCCCUGGCUGGCCGGGCUGUUCCGGCAGGGCAAGCUGUACUGCGGAGCAUCCGUCGUUUCGCGCAACUUCCUCGUCACGGCGGCCCACUGCGUCAACUCGUUCGAGCCGAGCGAGAUCAGGGUGUACCUCGGGGGUCACAACAUUGCCAAAGACUACACGGAGCUGCGCCGGGUGAAGCGCAUCAUCGAUCACGAGCUGUUCGACAUCUUCACGUUCAACAACGAUAUCGCGCUGCUGGAACUGGACAAACCGCUGCGCUUCGGCCCAACGAUACAGCCGGCCUGUCUCCCGGAUGGCAGUGUAGCGGAUUUCACCGGCUCGCUCGGUGUGGUGGCCGGCUGGGGACGGAUCGAGGAGAAGCGCCCGCCAUCGAAGACACUCCGGGCGGUCGAAGUGCCCAUCUGGUCGCAGGAUCAGUGCCUGGAGGCGGGCUACGGCAGCAAGAAGAUCUCCGCCAACAUGAUGUGCGCCGGAUACCACGACGGGCAGAAGGACGCGUGCCAGGGUGACAGCGGUGGCCCAAUGCACAAGAUGGGCCCUCUCGGCAGCAUGGAGGUGAUCGGGGUGGUUUCGUGGGGUCGCGGCUGCGCCCGGCCCAACCUGCCCGGCAUCUACACGCGCAUCGUCAACUACCUGCCCUGGAUACACCAGAAGCUCGCCGGCGAGUGCCUCUGCCCGCCGAAGGACAUUCGGCCGCAGGAUAGUGCAAUGCAACCGAGACGGAUGGGUGGGGGGCGGUGUGUGACAGUGUCCUUGCUGGCCGCGCUCUGCUGGCUGGCCGUGUCCGGUAGCGGAGCUGAGUCGAUCGGCCGACGAUGGAACGAGACCGAGCUGAUCCUUCCGAGCCGAUCCCGUAGCGGGCGGUUCCUGUUCGACACACUGUUCGGGCUGAAUACGGCAGCCUUCUCGUUGGACGAUGACGACGAUCUGACCAGCAAUCAGGUGAAAAGCUGUGAUUGCGAGUGUGGGGCCGCCAAUCAGGAGAUUAGGAUCGUCGGGGGGCGCCCCACCGGCGUCAACCAGUACCCGUGGCUGGCGAGGCUCGUGUACGACGGUCAGUUUCACUGCGGUGCUUCGCUGCUGACGCGGGACUACGUCUUGACGGCGGCCCACUGUGUUCGCAGGUUGAAACGGAACAAAAUCCGCGUGAUUUUGGGCGACUACGAUCAGUUCGUGGCGUCGGAGACACCGGCGAUCAUGCGCGCGGUCACGGCCAUCAUCCGGCACCGGAGCUUCGAUCAGAACUCGUACAAUCACGAUAUCGCGCUGCUCAAGCUGCGGAAACCGGUGGACUUUACGAAAACCAUCCGGCCGGUGUGUCUGCCGAAGGAACGCAGCGAACCGGCCGGUCAGCUCGGGACGGUGGUGGGCUGGGGCCGAACGUCCGAGGGAGGCACACUGCCCGCCCUGGUGCAGCACGUGGACGUGCCGAUCUUGACGUUGGACCAGUGCCGGAGCAUGAAGUAUCGCGCUUCCCGUAUAACCUCCAACAUGCUGUGUGCCGGCAAGGGCAAGCAGGACUCGUGCCAGGGGGAUUCGGGCGGACCGCUGCUGGUGCGGAGCGGGGACAAGCACGAGAUCGUCGGGAUCGUUUCGUGGGGCGUCGGGUGCGGCCGGGCCGGCUACCCGGGAGUCUACACGCGGGUCGCUCGCUAUCUUCCCUGGCUGCGCGCCAAUCUGGACGAUACCUGUCUCUGCUCCAAGUGA